UGAGUUUGACAGUUCGUAAAAAUCAAAACAAAAAAAAUCGUCGUCGUCGUGAAAGUAAAAUUUUUCACCAGAAGAAAGUGUUUACGCUUAAAAUUUUCACUGAAUUCCCUCGAAACGAAACGAAAAAAUGGCAUUUUUCAUGUUACCCAACGUCGUCGAAUAUGCGUGCGUGUGCGGGCUGCUGAACCCGCUGACAAAGCUGUACUUCUGUCGCUACUGCAUGAAGCUCCGCUGUGGAUUCUGCGUUUGUCAUGAGGUGGACUCGCAUUUCUGCUCCAACUGUCUGGAGAACAUUCCGUCGUCCGAGGCCAAAAUCCGGAAAAACCGGUGCAACACUUGCUUCAACUGUCCCAGCUGUCAGCAUACGCUUUCGGUUCGGGCGGCGAAUACGAUAAUCCAGGUUCCAGCUCCGGAAGCGGUUAAAACGGAAAGCGAUGCUGGUGGGAAUGGCGUCAAGAAGGAGAGCACUCCGGAGCCUUCUCCGGGGAAGCCAAUUGCCAGAAAGCUGUACUAUCUGUCUUGCUUGCACUGUCGCUGGAAUACAAGGGAUGUGGGCAUUCCGGAUCAGCCCGUUGCCACGGGACAGUGGCCAGAACCGGAGUAUGCGAAUGCGACUAGAUUUGCGUUAUUGCUAGAACAUUACCAAUCGGUUGUGCUUCACGAGAAGCAAGAGAAACAGGAACUGUGGCGGCGAAAGACUCCCAAGCAGAGCAAAUUUCCCAGCAUGACGGACCGUACCGGGUUGACCGUGGCCAUGAUCCGGCGCCAAAUGGGAUGGGCUGAUAGCAAAGCUCAGCUUAAGUCCGCACCUUUGGCGAUCAACAAAUCCGUUGCGAGUGAAACGGUCGACGGUCUUCCGGCAGAUAUCUUCACCAAGGAAUUGACCCUGAAGAAAAUAUCCACUUUGGAGCAGCGCUUGGCUCAUCCGGCCAAACAGCCGGUCACGGUUAACAAGCUGUUCCCACAGCAUAAGUUGCUCUCGAUAAAGCGAUCUCUGCGCUGCCGGCAGUGCGAUCAUAACGUCAUCAAAUCGGAAUACAAUCCCAGCUCGAUCAAGUACCGUAUCGCCAUGUUCGCAACCUAUCACGUCCCGGAAGUGAGAUUCGUCCGUUGCGAGCCCCUAAUCAAGGGCCAAGAUUCUUUCCUAACACUUAAAAUCAUAAACCCUACGAUAAAUGACAUGACCAUUACGAUUAUGGAACUUCCAAUGGAAGCCGAAGAGCAGUUAAUGAUCGAUGAACUCAAACUGGCCGCCGAGAGUAGUAGUGCUUCGUCUUCCCUGAUGAUAAGCGGUUUGAGUACCAGCAGCCUGACCAAACAGGCUUCGCUCAUGGAGGAUCCGAGGAUGGUCGAGGCGAAGGUCAAUGGCAGCUUCAGGCUGCCGGAUUCGUCGUUCGUUAUCAAUCAUCGCGAUGAUUCGGCCGAGUUCGAUGAAGUGGUGCAAUCUCAGCAGGAGGAUCCCAAGUUCAUUAUAUGGCGUAAGGCGAACCAAAUCGCGAUGAAAUUGGCCGUUCAACCGAACGAGGAUUGCAACGCUGACAACGAGAUUGUCAUAGGAUUUUCAUUGCAGUACACGUACGUUAACACGGUCGUAGAGAAGAGCAGCACUCCCACGAAGGGACCUCAAAAACAGGCGCUCACUACCCGAGUGUUUGUCAAACUAGGAAAGCUAUCGGAAGCUGCGUCGUCUUAAAUCCCUUGGAAAUGGGCGUUGUCUUAGCAAGCACACUCAAUUAUUUAUAAUAAACUAUUUAAUGCUGUAAUCAUUCAUAUUUAAUCCUAAUAAAUAAAGUUAUCCGCUUCUUUCGCAGUAAUCAAUUGGUACAACUGGCUUUAGUUUUUCAUAUUAUCCGAAUUUAUUCAUUCAAUACGAACAAUCUCCGCACUUUUUCGCACAUUCGAAAUAGUUCUCCUGCAUGAGCAGCAGUAGUAGCAGCUGAUGUUUGCCUUCUUCUAAUGC